UCAUAGCGAAGGCAUACGUUUUGUGGUGGUUUGAAAAUGCAGUCUGAAAGAACGUGUAUCCCUUUCUAACUUUUGCUACGAAAGAAGAAAACGGUCCUCAUUGUGCAGUAUCUGAUAUUUGACAGUUAUCACAUUUUGCCACAAGAUGGCGAUGUUUAAAUACGAGAAGAGCCACAAGUGCCUUGGAUGUUGCUUUUACUGUGAGUCCACUUAUAAAUGCUGUUUUUGGAGAAUGUUCAGUAAAACAUACUGUAUAACUAAUGCAAAGCUAUGUAUUUUAGAUGCUCAGAAUAAUGUAGGCAAUGUUAUAUGUGUAGCUGAUUGAUAAGAUGUGGUUUCAGCUUCAAAAGCACUGAUUAAAGUAUAGUGGUUUUUUUUUAAGACUAAAUCAUCCCACUGAGAUGUCUGUAGAACACACGUAUUCUUCAGGGUGCAGAGUGAGACAGUCUUUGUUUUUCUCCUGUAUAUAAAGAGAGUAAAGGGCCAGUCACACCAGCGUCACACCGAGUUAUACAAUGCCUAGUGCAGUGUAAGCAGUUGGGUGAGCAGAGAGCCAGGGCUGUGGUGUGUGGAAAAUGCUAGUGGAGGCAGACAAUGCACUGGUCCGAGGCCUGACCAGCCCUCAGAGGGACAGGGGUUGCCUCACUGCGACAACAUCCCUGUCUCCCUCCCUUCUUUUCUUUUUUUUGAGCUCCACAGCAUGGGCUCGGGGAGGACGCUGAAGUUCGCCCUGUGCGAGGUGCUGCAGUUUGCAGGCCUGUGCGUGCCACUCUUCAUCGUCAUGCAGAGGUUCGCCGUCAUCGUAGCAAAGGUCAAAACCUCGACGCGGCCCCCCGGAGACGGCAGCACAGCAUACUGGUUGAUCGUGGCCUCCUCCAUUGCCUAUGUCACCUCCACCGCCCUGCUGGUCUGGGUACCCAUGAAGUAUAUGGUCUUUACAAAAAAGAAGUUUCUCAUUGGGAGGAAGAAGUGGAGGCCUGUGGCGCUCGUAUAUGUGAUCCUGUCCACAUUGCCCUGCUUUGCUUUUCUCAUCGCCAGCUCUGAGGUUCAGAUAAAUAACCACAUGACACAUGAUACGUUCAUGGAGCUCCCUGUAUCACUAGUGCUCUUCUCUCUCAUCUGUAUUGACGUUCUGGAAAGGAUACGCCACUGCAGACUGACCGGCAACGGUAAUGACAUGGAGAGAGAUGCUGACAUCCCCUCCACUGUCCUCACACAUGUGGAACAGGUAACACCAGUCGCACCUAUCACUUCACCUGCAUCGGGGCCAGCUGUGCCCGGGCAAGCUAGGCCAAAUCCUAUGCCACCGGGACCAAACCAGCACAAUGACAGCAACCAGAACGGAGCAGGGGCUCGACCAGAGACCAACGGCACAGUCCCGGGGCUACCAGGUAAUCCUGGGAGACCAUUUAGCAUCUCUGGAUUGAGCUCACAAUCGACAAGCACCACAGCGUACCGCAUAUCUCCGUACUCCUACACAGGUCCACUGAGAUUCUUGUGUGCCAGCGAUGCCCGAGCGGACGUGUUUGUGGACAGCUUUAUGUUCUGGAUGGACACAGUAGAGAUGGUGAGGGUGGCAGGACAUCCCCUUGUCUACUACUCAGGCUGGGUGUUCCCCAUCUACAUCUUCAGCUACCUGUCUUGCCUGCGGGUGGUGGUCAUGCCCCACAGCCCCCUCCUUCCCUCACUAGGAGUGGUCGUGCAGGACUUUCCCUUCUUCUUUGUGCGUGUUGGCCUCAUUGCCUUCUUCGGCUUUGUCACACCCCUCCUCUAUCUGAUGAAGAACCUGCUGGUCUGCCUGGCCUUUGUCUAUUUCAACUUCAUGACCAGGCUGAGAGUCUUCAACACAGAGAGGAUGUUCUUAUGAGACCAGCACUUCACGCAAAGACAGUGUACAUUGAAACGUAUAGUACAAGCAGUAGGUUGGCACAAAGGAUGCAAAGAUUCGGAGGAGGUCACACAAGCGGGCUUCCUAAGUUCAAACUUAGUUAUAACUUAAGUGUUUACUAAGGGCAGAUUCUCUAAUAUAUUGAGAUUUGUUUCUAAAUAUUCAUACCCAGUAACUGCCAGGUCUAACUGUUACAGCUA